AUGUACUGGCAUGCAGGUCAACCAGCAAUCAUGUUGUAUUUCAUUUGCCUUUUCGUCAUCUUCGGCUGUGCGAUACACGACGGAGACAACGCCGUGCUGGGACCUGGCAGCCCUCUUACGAUUGCUGGUCCUGCUAACAACAAUGGCAAAAGUUUGAAAGCAGGGGAGGAUCAGCUACAAACACAAAUCAAGGAAAAAACCUACCACUUCUCGUAUAAUAGCUCGGAUCAAGAAGUAGAGUGGCUUCUGAACAAGAUUCGACAGUCUUUUGGCAUAAGAGAUUCACCUAAUCCACCACCAUAUAUUCUUCGUAAUGGCGAGAUGGAGUGCAAAGAUUACAACACCUCUUGCCCUGAAAAUGAAAGGAAUGGUCUAUGUGUCUACGAUAUCGUCAGAUGGGAUUGUCCGCAAAGCUGUAAUGUUUGCGGCUGCACAGAUAUUCUAUCACAGCCACGAUGCUCAUGGUUUAAAGAAAAAGGCCAUUGCCUGAAAGCGUUGUACAACAACCGUACCAAAAUGUGGUGUCCAAAAACAUGUGAAUUUUGUCAACCCUAG